AUGACAGCUGCCGCCUCCCAAUCUCCCCUUCAUCCUGGCCUUACCUUCCAUCCCUCCCAUCCCUCCCUUAUCUCUCUUCCCUGCCUUCCCUCCCUUCCCUCCCUUCCCUCCCAUCCCUCCCUUCCCUCCCUUAUCUCUCUUCCCUACCAUCCCUCCCUCCAUCCCUUCCCUUUUUUUGCAUACCUUCCCUUUCAUGCCUCCCAUCACCUCUCCCUGCCGUCCCAUCUCCCCGUCAUGCCUCCCACCAUCUCCAUUCUCGAACAGGCCCAUCUCAUGUCAUCACUUCACCUCUUCUCCCAUCGUUGCCACCCCUCCGUCCCUUUUGCAACUCAACUCCCAUCGUCACACUCGCUACGUCCGCCCACCCACUCUUCCUGCCAUUCUCACCCAGUCCUCACCACCAUCCCUCCCUUCCUGAUUCCUAUAACCAACCCCCUCUUCCCGUGCAUGUGCUGCCAUCACUGCUGCCCCAUAAAUGCCUCUAACUCAUUUGUAAUCACAUGUAUUUCCUUUCUCCCGUCCCUGCCUUCCCGACACACCUCUUCCAUCACACCUCCCUGUCUUCACGUCACACCUCCCUGCCUCCCCAUCACACCUCCCUGUCUUCCCUCCAUGGGAAGGCGGGGGAGUGAGGGUAAGCCCGGGGAGGAGGGAGCAAUGGAGCUAAUCUCCCUUUCCGCUUCCCUCUCAUCCCUCCUUGCAAUCUCCCGUCCCUCCCUUCCCUCCCUAAUCUCCCGUCCCUGCCUUCCCUCAUUCUCUCCCUUCCAUCCCUUCCCUCCCUUCCCUCCCUUCCCUCCCUUCCCUCCCUUCUCUCCCUACUCUCCCUUCUCUCCCUUCUCUCCCUGCUCUCCCUUCUCUCCCAUCUCUCCGUUCCCUCCCUUUACCCCCUUCCCUCUCUUAUCUCCGUUGCCUCCCUCCUCUCCCUUCCCUCCCUUUCCUCCCAAAUCUCCCACCUCCCACCUCUCCCUAACCCAUCUCCCCUUCAUGCCUAACACCACCUUUCCCUUCCUUCUCAACCCCCCUUCAUCCCUCCCACUAUCUUUCCCUUCCUUCUCAACCCCCCUUUAUUCCGGCCACCACCUUUCCUUGCGUGCCCAUCCCCCUUUCAUGCGUCCCACAUCCUUUCUCUGCCUUCCCAUCUUCCCUUCUUGCCUCCCAACACCCCUCUCCGUGCCUUCGUCCUUUCUUCCCUCCCUUCCACUCCUUUCUCACUGGGCCACUCUUUGUCCUGCUCGUGGGGGCAAGCCGAACCUCCCAUCCCCUUCCAGCCCCUCUCAUCCCCUUCCAGCCCCUCCCAUCCCCUUCCAGCCCCUCCCAUCCCCUUCCAGCCCCUCCCAUCCCCUUCCAGCCCCUCCCAUCCCCUUCCAGCCCCUCCCAUCCCCUUCCAGCCCCUCCCAUCCCCUUCCAGCCCCUCCCAUCCCUUUCCAGCCCCUCCCAUCCCCUUCCAGUCCCUCCCAUCCCCUUCCAGCCCCUCCCAUCCCCUUCCAGUCCCUCCCAUCCCCUUCCAGUCCCUCCCAUCCCCUUCCAGUCCCUCCCAUCGCCUUCCAGCCCCUCAGAUCCCCUUCCAUCCCCUCCCAUACGCACACCGACACUUCGUUUCCCUACUCACUUCACAAAGUUCUCAACUCCCUUCUUCUGUUCCCCACCAGACAUCAAAGAUGUUCUUGA